GAACAAAAAUUGGUAGAUGGGAUAUUCUAAAUAGGGAUAAAUAAAUGUAACUAUUAUAUAAAGAAUGAAAAGUGGAGGUGGUUUUUAUGAUUUGGAAGGAAAUUAGAAAAAAAUUGGAAAGUGGAUAGAAUCGGAUAAAUUUUUUUAAGCAAUAAAAUAAGUCACUUAUACUGGUGAAUAUAAUAUCAAUUGUAUGAAGGUGGGGAGAUGGGAUAUUAUGUUUACAAAGUCUAUUAAUUAACCAUAUCAAUAAAUGUAAAUAUUACAAAAGUAUAAGAAGUGGUGGUGGAUCAUAUGAUUAAGAAGGGAAUUAGAAAAAAAUUGGAAAGUGGAUAGAAUAGGAUAAAUUUUUUUAAGCAAUAAAAUAAGUCAUUUAUACUGGUGAAUAUAACAUCAAUGGUAUGAAGGUGGGUAAAUGGGAUAUAUAAUUUUAGAGACUUUUUGGAGAUAAAUAUGAACAAAUGUAAAUAUUCAAGAUAUAUUAGCAAUAUAUAAUAAUUUGCGUGUCUAUAUGUUUUAGUGGUUGUGGAUCUUAUGAUUAAGAAGGAAAUUAGAAUAAAAUUGGAAAGUGGAUCGACUUAGAUGAAAAGUUCAAAACAGGAAAUGAAAUCACUUAUGUUGGUGAGUACAAUACCAAUGGUAUGAAGGUAUGUAGAUGG